CCAGCUGCCUCCACCACUUAUCACCUCCCCUUUGCCCCACCAUUUCACACCCAAAAACACACUAAACACACACAGUUAACACCCAAGCACGGUCAUCCUCCCCCACGAUCCAAUCAACCCACCAUUUCACACCCAAACACCCACUAAACACACACAGUUAACACCAAAACACGGUCAUCCUCAUCCACGAUCCAAUCCUGUGUGUUAUGAUAGGUUUGUUAGACAAGUAGCUCAAACUGGCAAACUUCAAGAAACCUCAAAACUCACAUAAACCUUAACUACUUCAAGAGAAAAAUGACACCUUUGGUCCGAAAAACACGUUUUGGCUCAUCUCGCUCGGUUUCCUCUUCAACCCUUGAACCCCUGCUCAACCUCCGCCUACUCUUCCUCUUCGUCCCCACCUUAAAACUACUGCUUCAUUUUUCCAAGAAUCCCAAAACAACCCCAGAAUUGUUAUCAUAUUACUAAUAUGGACAUCUCUACCGCAGGAGGCCUACUGUUUUUGCUCAACGAAGACCUUUUGACUCGAAUCUACUCUUUUCUCUCCGGUGACUCCUCCGACAAGAAAUCCUUCCGGGCUACUUGCAAAACCUUCUAUCGUGUGGAUUCUCUUCAGAGAACCCAUUUGAGAAUCCUCCGCCCGGAGUUUCUCCCCCAGCUUCUUUCGAAAUUCCCUUGUCUUAACUCCCUUGACUUCUCCGGCUGCCCCCGCAUCGAUGACGGCGCUUUGGCCGUCCUCCUCCGAAAUGGGUCGGUCCCAUUUUGGGCUACGAAGUUGAGGAGGGCGGUUUUGAGUCGGUCUUGUGGGUUAGGAUAUUACGGGCUGGACAUUCUGGUUAAGUCUUGUCCUGUACUGGAGAUUAUCGACGUCUCGUAUUGCUGCACAUUCGGCGAUUUGGAGGCUUCUGCGAUCUCUUGUGCUGCGAAUUUGAGGGAUUUGAGGCUUGAUAAGUGUCUUGGUGUAACUGAUGUUGGGUUGGCUAAGAUCGCUGUGGGCUGUGGAAGACUUGAAAAGCUUAGUUUGAAGUGGUGCUUGGAGAUAACUGAUAUUGGGAUCGAUCUUUUGUCCAAGAAAUGUUCAAAUUUGAAGCAACUUGACGUUUCUUACCUAAAGGUAACAAAUGAGGCUUUGCGUUCGAUUAGUAGGAUAAGUAAGUUGGAGGUAUUGGCGAUGAUGAGGUGUGGAAUGGUGGAUGAUGUUGGGCUGAGGUAUCUGGGAAAAGGGUGCCCUUUGUUGCAGGUACUGGACAUAUCACGAUGUGACAAGCUGAGCUCCACUUCAAUUGUUUCAGUUAUCAAAGGACAUAAUGGCUUGAUAGAGCUCCAUGCUAGCUACUGUUUCUUUGAGCUUCACCUGACCCCAUAUUGUCUCUCCUUGGAGUUAAAGAAUAUAAAGACUCUAACACUCGAUGGAGCACGGAUUGCUCAUUCUAGCUUCCAACUUAUCAGCACAAGUUGCAAGUUUUUGGUUGAAAUUGGACUUGGGAAAUGCAAAGGGGUAACAGACAAUGGCAUUUUGCAGCUAGUAUCUGGGUGCAUUAAUUUGAAAAUGCUCAACUUGACGUGUUGCGGUGACAUUACAGACAUGGCAAUAACAGGAAUAGCAGAAUCCUGUCAGAAUCUUGUGUGCCUUAAGUUAGAGUGUUGUAAUUUAUUGACUGAGAAGAGCCUAUAUAGUCUUGGAUCAUUUUCCUACCUACUUGAGGAACUUGAUCUCACAGAUUGUUCUGGUGUUACUGACUUAGGGCUCGGCUAUUUGUCUAGAUGUUCAAAGCUUGUAUGCUUGAAACUGGGGCUGUGUACUAACAUCUCAGACAAGGGAAUAUCCUAUAUUGCUUCUUGCUGCACAAAAACCUGUGAACUUGAUCUCUACAGGUGUUCAGGAGUUGGGGAUGAUGCAUUAGCUUCAUUGUCAGUUGGUUGCAAGAAGUUAAAGAAGCUGAACUUGUCUUACUGCAAUAAAAUAACCGAUAGAGGGAUGAAAUUUUUGGGUCACAUAGAGGUUCUUUCUGAUCUGGAGAUACGGGGUUUGCUGAACAUAACAAGCGAAGGUUUGACAGCAGUUGCGGCUGGAUGCAAGAGACUUGCGGAAUUGGACAUUAAACACUGUGAGAACAUUGAUGAUUCAGGGUUUUGGGCUCUUGCCCACUACUCAAGGAACUUGCGACAGCAGAUCAAUUUGAGCAAUUGUGCCAUUAGAGACGUGGGACUCUGCAUGGUGAUGGGAAAUUUGACACGGCUGCAGGAUGCAAAGUUGGUCAACCUCAUCAAUGUAACAGUAAAUGGAUUUGAGCUUGCUCUUAGGGCAUGCUGCGUGAGGCUCAAGAAGGUCAAGUUGCUUACUUCCCUUAGAUUUCACUUAUCCCAGGAGAUAGUUGAGAUGCUAGCAGCAAGGGGCUGCAGGGUUAGAUGGGACUAGGCCUUCCACAAUAAUUUACAACUAGAUGUGUGCAGCUUCAUAUUAUAGAUUAUACAUAUUAUACAUGCAACAGAAAAGAAACUCGUAGUAGCAACUGGGAAAUUGGAAUGAAGAACGUUAAUGGUGUUGUAAAAGGCCUCAAGCCACAAAAUAAGGCCUCAAGCACAUGUAUUCGUAUGAUUUUUAUUCUAUUAUCGAGUAGAAAACACUAAGGGGUUGGUUAAUUGCAGUCUAAUGAUCUAAUCUGUAUUAAAUGAUGAACGGUUUUAUCUGUGCAUUGGAACAGUUGAAAAACGCCCAAGAGAUUUGUGGAAUUUGCAUCCUAAUCUGGGGUUUCUUGCAUA